AUGGCAGCUCUGCCGGAGGCUCUGCAGCCCUUGAACAACCCCUCUCCAGUCAUAAACAUCGCAAUUUACGCCGACGAUGUUGCUCUCUGGGCUACUGCCCCAACUAGCUCAUACAUCCCCUCGCUCACGAAGAAGCGGCUGUGCGCGCACCUGACCGUUCUGGCCCUCAGCAUCUUGGCCUUCCUGGUCGCUCUCGAUCUCCUGGGCGACGCCUUCAAGCUGGUUGGCGGCAGGGCGGCGAGUCAUGUGCUCUCGGACAGCUCCGUCCUCAUAAACCCCGUAGUGGGGCUCAUGGUCGGGGUCCUGGUCACCGUGCUCAUGCAGAGCUCUUCAUCCUCCACCUCCAUCACCGUCUCGAUGGUGGGAUCCAACCUACUGACUGUCCGGCACGCCGUGCCUAUAAUCAUGGGCGCCAACGUUGGAACCUCGGUAACCAACACCAUGGUUUCGCUGAUGCACAUCAAGCGCCGGGAGGAGUUUCGCCGAGGAUUUGCCGCUGCUACUAUCCACGACGUCUUCAACUGGCUCAAUGUCAUACUUCUGCUUCCCUGUGAGGUCGCUUUCCACUUGCUGGAGUCGAUUUCCGGAGAGUUCGUCGUAAUCGUCGACAAGGGGCAGAACAUGAAGAAAGCGGAGUACCUCUCCGCCGUCACCAAACCGAUUGUGAAGCUCAUUGUGCAGUUGGACAAAGAUGUACUGAAGGACAUAGUCCUGGGCCAUCCGACCAAUAGCUCCCUUCUGAAGGAAUGUUGUAAAAAGGAAGGUGACGAAUGCAUCAAAAGAUGCGUGGCCCUGUUCAACUGGCUCAACAUGGGCGACACGGUGACAGGGGCACUUCUCCUCGUGCUCUCGGUGGCCUGCAUCCUUCUGUGCUUCUUCUUAAUAGUCAAGAUGCUCACCCAGUUGACUAAGACCCACAUCGUGAAGAGGCUGACGGCCUUCAUAAACCGGGACUUCAAGUUCCCGCUGUCGGUGCUGGUGGGCUACCUGAGCCUGCUGCUGGGCUGCGUCAUCACCUUCGUGUUCCAGAGCAGCUCGGCCUUCACGUCCGCGCUGCUGCCGUUCGCCGCCCUUGGCCUGCUGGAUCUGCGGCGCGUGUACCCGCUCACGCUGGGCUCGAACGUGGGCACGACGGCCACGGGCAUCGUGGCCGCGCUCGCCGGGGACCCCGUGCACCGGAACAACGCGCUCCAGAUCGCCCUGUGCCACACCUUCUUCAACCUGAUCGGCAUCCUCAUAUUCUACCCGGUGCCCUUCUUCAGGUUCCCCCUGCUGAUCUCCCAUCAGCUGGGCGAGACAGGCGGGAAGUACCGCUGGUUCGUGCUCUUCUAUUUGGCCACCACGUUCCUACUUGUCCCAAUUGCGGUGCUCCUGCUCUCGUUCCUUGGCAAUGUCGUGUUCCCCAUUGCCAUGGCUUUAAUCAUCGGCAUCUUCGGCAUUAUCGGCAUCAUCAACUUGCUCCAGAGGAAAAGCCCCCGCCUGCUGCCCGUACUGCUGCGGAACUGGAACUUCCUGCCCCUCUGGAUGCACUCGCUGGACCCCAUGGACCAGUUCUUCUCCGUGCACCUGGAGCGCAUCGGCUUUAUGCAGAAUUUUCUCAACGAGGUCUCCUUCAAGUCCGAAAUCGUGUCGUCGGGGAAGUCGAGUUCCCCAUAG